AUGUGCACCCGUAUUAGCACGGUGGCUAAAAAGUCUCGCAAAAUGUUGUGUACAUUUAUGAGCAGCAAAAGACAUGAGUCGUUAUACAUUGUGAAUAUUUGCGCCGAUAUUCAAGUGAACAGUCAGUAUAGCACUGAAUACCGCAUACUAUUCAAAGUAUUAUUUGAAUUACGGGCAAUGGAUGGCAACAGUGGUGGCAAUGAUCUACCGGUGCGACUGUCCCUAUGGGAGCGUAUCCUUAGGAUAGUGUACUCGAAGGAGGAAUGGGAGGCCUAUAUGAUAGAGAAACGACGAAAACUCAGACAAAAAGAGGACAAGAACUCGGAGUACAUCUGUUACACUGCGAUAGCGGUGAAUGUCUGCACAAACUCGGAGUACAUCUGUUACACUGCGAUAGCGGUGAAUGUCUGCACAAACUUCGGGAGGAAAAGAGAGCUGUUGUUCCCCUUAUAUAGAAUAACUUUAGAGUUAAAAGCAACAAACCUUUUAUUGAGUGUAAAAUUCAAUGCAUAA